AUGUCCUCUUGCAACAACUCUAUUCCUCAGCCUUUGAUAUUUGUCCUGGCUGGAAUUCCUGGGCUGGAAUCUUCCCAUGGCUGGUUUUCUCUGCCUUUUCUCUUGGUGUUUGUCAUUACAGUCAUUGGCAAUGUCACAGUCUUAUACAUCAUUCGAAUAGAGAACAGUCUUCAUGAACCUAUGUUUCUCCUCUUGGCCAUGUUAUCCGUGGUAGACCUGUCCCUGGUCGGUGUUACUGUGCCCCGCAUGUUGGGUAUCUUCUGGGCGAAUGCCAAAGAAAUAAGCUUCAAUGCCUGCCUCACACAGAUGUUUUUCAUCCCUUCCUUUUAUGUAAUGGAAUCUGGGAUCCUCCUUGCCAUGGCUUUUGACAGAUUCAUAGCUAUCUGGUACCCUCUGAGAUACACAACCAUCCUGGAUAACAACAUGCUUGUGAAGAUGGCACUGGCUGUCCUGGCAAGGGCAGUGGCAGUACUUACCCCAGCACCUAUCCUGACAAAAAGACUGGAAAGCUUCCGAACCCACAUCAUUCCGUACUCCUAUUGUGCCUACAUGGCUGUAGUGAAGAUAGCUUGCAGCGACAUCUCAGAUCACAUUGUCUAUGGCCUCAUGGUUAUUGUAACAUCUGUGGGAUUUGACCUUUUCUUUAUCAUACUCUCAUAUGGAUUGAUUCUCCGUGCUGUCUUUGGGAUUCCCUCUUGGGAAGCACGGAGCAAAGCUCUCAGCACAUGUAGUUCUCAUCUGUGUGUUAUUGCUCUCUUUUAUUCUCCCGUUGUCUUCUCUGUCCUGGCCCAGGUUCUAGGUUACCAGAUGGCUCCGCAUCUACAGAUCAUCGUUGACAAUCUCUACUUCCUGAUACCUCCCAUGGCCAACCCCUUGAUUUAUGCAGCUCGAACCAAGCAGAUGCGAGAGUGGGUGGUAAAGAUUCUCCACUGUCGCAGAGACUGA